AAAAAAAAAAAAAAGGUAAAAGACGAGCCUUGGAUGGCUCUUUCUUUCCCAAUGCUCGCGCCAAAACCACGCUUCUUCUGCAACUUCCCAAUCCGUCGUCGUUUCUUCUUGAGCUACGCUUCUCUUCCACCAUUACCAAGACCUCCACAGCUUUCUCUGCUCGCAGACAAAUGCUCUUCCAUGGACCAACUCAAGCAAGUCCACGCCCAGAUGGUCGUCUCUGCUCGCAUCCACGACAACUUUGCGGCGAGCAGAUUGCUCUCCUUUUGCGCUCUUUCCGAGUUGGGCGAUUUGAGUUACGCUCUCAGGAUUUUUCGGAACCUCCCAGAACCGAAUGGCUUUAUGUGGAACACCCUCAUUAGAGCUCAAGCUAGUGGUUCAAAUCCUUGUGAAGCUAUAUAUCUCUAUGUGAAAAUGAGGAGGCUCGGCGUUGUACCGGGAAAUCACACUUUCCCUUUUGUUCUUAAAGCCUGCUCUAACUCUCGUUCGCUUAAAUCUUGCAAACAAGUUCAUACCCAGGUCGUAAAAUUUGGGUUGGAUUUGGAUUUGCAUGUGGUUAAUGGCUUGGUGAGGGGUUAUUCUGUGUUGGGUAGUUUGGAUGAUGGCCGAUUGGUGUUUGAUGAAUUACCUGAGAGGAAUUUAAGUAUUUGGACGACAAUGGUUUGUGGGUAUGCUCAGAAUUUUCGUUCUGAUGAGGCUUUGUUGCUUUUUGAUCAGAUGGUGGCAGAAGGAUAUGAACCAAAUGCUGCAACUUUGGCCUCUGUCUUGUCGGCUUGUGGUCAAUCGAAUUGUUUGGAAUUGGGAGAAAAAAUCCAUGCUUUUAUGAAAGAGAAGGGGAUUGAAAUGGGUGUGAUUCUUGGAACGGCAUUGGUUGACAUGUAUGCGAAGAAUGGGGCAAUAUCAGUGGCUCAGAGUUUGUUUGAUGGCAUGAAAGGAAAGAACAUUGCAACUUGGAAUGCCAUGAUAUGCGGGUUGGCUACUAAUGGACAUGGUGCAGAAGCUCUCAGUCUCUUCCGGAAACUAGAGAAAGAGCAGGUUGCGCCGAAUGAUAUCACAUUCAUUGGGGUUUUAUCUGCCUGUUGCCAUGCCGGUUUGGUUGAUUCUGGCCAAGAGAUCUUCACAUCAAUGAAAAGGGUGUAUGGCAUUGAGCCAAAGAUCGAACAUUAUGGGUGCAUGGUUGAUCUUCUUGGGAAGGGUGGGAAGUUGCUAGAGGCAGAGGAGUUGAUAAGGGGAAUGGUAUGGCAAGCGGAUGUGGUGAUUUUAGGUGCUCUAUUGGAAGCUUGUAGAAACCAUGGGAAUUGUGAGAUUGCCGAAAGAGUAUCAAAAGAAAUUCUUGUCUUGGAACCCGACAACCAUACUGUUCAUGUUGUUUUGUCAAAUACAUAUGCAAAGGCCGGACGGUGGGAUGAUGUUUUGAGACUGAGGAAGGUGAUGAGAAGAAGGAAGCUCAAGAAAAGACCUGGGUGGAGCCUUGUAGACGAUGUUUAAAUUUGCAUCGAAAUUUCUUAUGGGCAUAAAUGCGUUCUUGGUUAGCAAGCAAGGAAAACUCAUGCAAGGUGUAGAAUGAGACCUUGAUCCUGGUUUUUCUAAUCAACAAUUUCAAAGUUCUUCCUUCCAUAUGCCACAUCUUGUUUGUUGGGACCAUUACUUGUCUUGCUGGGUCCGGAAAGAGCCCAAGGGGCGUUUAAAGGUUGGUAUGGAAAAUAAAUUGAAAUAUUGGGGUUGCAAAGAAGAUUGUUCGUCUAAAGAGCAGUAUCGUUUGAUUCAAUUCCAACGUGUGCUUUGUCCAUCAAUUGAUGUGUCUACUGUCUAAUAUGUGCUUUGUCCUUUCAUGGAAUGUGCAUGUGCCUCUCCAAAAUCAUUAAACUGCUUCAAAUUUCCCUAAUUAGAUAAAGUUUUAAAAGAGUGCCGUGGUCAAUUUCCUGAAGUCAACUUGGAAAACAAGUGUACGACAUGAUAUAAAUGAGCACAACAAACAGCUUCCCAAGUUCACACAGAGUUUGUAGUGUUUACUCCACCCUCUCUAAUCUCUAGGAAGAAAAAUGCUGCCGGGAAAACUCUUUCUUCUGCUUCUAUUCACGGCAUUAGCAACUGCAGAGCUCCAUUUUCAUUUACAGAUCCUCUGCAGAAUCCAAACUUUGAAUCUCCACCAUCAAAUUUGCCGAAAUAUUCAACAAACACCGUUGUGUUAUCGAGCCAAAACAAUACAAUUCCUGGAUGGACAUUUGAAUGGACGGUCCCGUAAGUAACAGCCAGUCAAAAAAACCAUAGCUUUGCCGGAAAACGGACAUGCCAUACAGUUGGGUGAAGAUGGCAAGAUCAACCAGACAUUCAUUGCCGAUAUGGACUACAUGCAUUACUUACUUACAUUCACAAUUGUCCCAGGUGGUCAGAAUUGUUCAUCCAAUGCUGGUAUAGUUGUGGCUGCACCAGAUGGUAAAGGGUUUUUUACUUUGAAGCAGCAUUAUGGGAAUGAGAAUUGGGUCAGCUAUGGCCAAUUUUUCGGUAGCUGGGAUGAGGAAGAGCCUAUUAGCCUUGUGCGUCAAAGCCAGACGGCAGAGUCAAAUUCUAGCUUCAUCUGCUGGCCGGUGAUUGAUAAUCUUCUUCUCAAGAGCAUCCCAAAAAUAGGUCAAGGCAAUGAGAAUCUGCUACUAAAUGAAGGAUUUGAAUUUGGUGCGGAAUUGCUGAAUGACUCAACUGAGGGAAUUCUGAUUGAUCCAGCGUCUAGUCCUGUUCAAUCCCCAUUACAGGGGUGGUCUGUGAUAGGAGGUAUACAGACUCUGAACACUUUUUUGUCUCCCAAGGCAAUGCUGCAAUUGAGCUUCUCUCUGGGGUUUCAACUGGAAUAGAAACUGCUGCAGCCCUCAAAGAGGGUUCAACUUAUGACUUGGAAUUCAAACUGGGAGAUGCUAAUAACUCUUGUGGGAAAGAUUUUAUAGUAGCAGCUCAAGCCGGAUCAACAGUUCAGAAUUUCACUCUACGAAGCGCAAUGGAACUGGAUCAUCCAAGGAUUUCUUGAUGAAGUUCAAAGCAGAUUUGAGCGUGACUCUAAUCAGUUUCCAUAGCUACACCACAAGCCAAACAGAAGAUGGUAUGUUCUGUGGUCCUGUAAUUGAUGAUGUAGUUUUGCAUGCUUCUCUGGGGCUAAAACUGAGAUACGCUUGCAUUUUGUGAUUUCUCUCUAUUUGGUUGCCACUCUAUGCUUUUAAUAAAGUAAUUUCCAUAAAAA